AUGCCGACGGCUUGUCGCACCCUCAGUCGUCGCGCCACCGCUGUCGUCAGCCGCACCCGCCACAAGUCCUCCAUCAUCGCGCCUGCGUCCUCGCCCAGCGCGCCGCCGCCUGGCUUCCCGAGGCUGCCACUUUUGGGGUCGCUCCCCUGGUUCUCCAAUCUCAGCCUUCCCGACGGCAGCAGCGUCCAAAGCCUGGAUGAGCAGCACGAGUCCUGGGCCGAGGGCACUCGGCGGCACGGUCCGGUGUGGCGCGUAGGCAUCCCGGGUCUCGGCAAGGGCAUUUCCGGCGACCUCACCCUCUGUGCCGACCCACGCGAAUUUGUCAAGGUGCUGCAAGCGGAGGGUAAGUACCCUUACGGCGCGAUCCAGCUGCAGUGGCCAUUCAUCGUCUGGGCCACGAAGCACGGGCGCACGGUCGGCAAGCUCUUCACGCGCAGCGAGGAUUGGCGGCACAUCCGGCACGGCAUGCAGAAGAGCAUCCUCCCGCCGGCCGCCGCGGCGGGCUACGCGGCCAUCAUCGGCACGACGGGCCGCGAGGUGGUCCUCAACGCGCCGCUCUGGGACGACGCGG